AUGUCUAAUCUGUCCCCCAACAUCGACUCUACUAAUGUUGCUACCGUUGAGGCUUCCCCUCUCGCUGGCAUGGAUGGCAGUGGCGAGACAGUUCUGGCUACCGCUAGUUCCCAAGAGGUUGAAAUCAAGCCAUCCUUGAAUCCUCUAGAUGCUACUCACCACGACUCAGACAACCGGGUCACUGAGGUGACACCAGCAGAGCACCCUGCAGUCGUUUACUUCCCAAUUGAGGCGCAGCAUAAAGCUACUACGGUUGAAAAUAGCAGUGCUGAUACUGUUAACGUGUCAGCCAAUAUAGAAGAGCUCCCGACGCCGUGUUUUCUUUGUGAUGAUAAACUCGCUUGGUGCAAGAAACCCAGAAGAAAGAUCGACGUUAUCAAAGAUCCUGCCCCGUUCCCGAAAAUUCCUCAGCCUGAAGAUGGGGCACAAUUAUUGGAGGCUGUAGUCGACGAGGUGGCGUUUUCAGACCCACUCCCUCCCAAUAUGUGGCAAGUCAAUCAAUCACCUGAAUUACGCCGAGCGCUGGUCGGUAGUACCAAUAUCCUACGAGGUGUCAUCGUCACACCCAACGGGCCUAUGCCGAGUGGUCGAGAACUGUACAUCUUCGAUGGGCCACUUCCUGCCGCAAAUAUGAACGAAGCAAGAUUCCGAUCUGAUACAAUGGAGACAUCGUCGGCCUCAUCUUUCGUGAACAAUGGUUGGACUGAAGCUUCUGUUGACUUUUCCUCUCCUUGGGUAUCUGCUUCUACUUCAGUCCAAUUGUUGAAUAUGCAUUCGGGAGUCAAUGAGCGGCGUACAGUAUACGCAUCAUCAUUCUUGGAAAUCACUCGUGGUUUCAUUGACUUUGAUGUCAGAGAGAUGAGAGCCCAUAUCUCAAGCGACUUCAUAGGGGCUAUCGAUUGGGCACUACAAGGAAAUUCGCAAAAUGUCAUCCGACACAACCUCAUGACAGCUUUCAAUUACUAUGGGCAUAUAUUCAACACGAGACUAGUACUUGGGGCAACAUAUGUGUGCACGAGCUCAGCGAUUGCUUGGAAUGAGGCACACGAGACUUCCAUUCGCCAGGAACUGUCUGCCGCCGUGCAAGCAGGUGUCAUGGGCUGGGGUGGGGGUAUUGGUGGUAGUGUCGGUACGCACACACAGACGACAACUCUCGCUUCAAAUCAAACAAUCACGAUGACUCUGUUUGUGCGGGGUGGACAAUCCUCACUACUCUUCGACCGCGAUGCAUGGCUACAUUCCACUGAGCAUUUUCAGAACUGGGUAGUUACCAGAGCUGACAAUCCGGUUCCGACAAUUGAGUUACUGGAUGAUCACAGACGCAAUCGCGUCCUCGAUGCUAUGGCGCCGAUCAUUGGAAGGUGGAUCCAUGUUAAUUCCAGCGGCGCCUGGCUAGAGCCCGACAUGCGCCUUUAUCCUGGGUGGUUCUGGCUUGGACAGAGCGCUAAAACGCAGGACUCCGGGUCUAGGAUCCUGAUUGUCCAAGCUAGGGACCCAUCUGCACUUGGAUGGCUGUGGGCCCUUGAUGGCCUCGUCACCCAAAAUGGCUGGGCCGUUACUUCUCUUCGUCCCAUGCAGGAUGGUACAAGGUACAAUGCGCUUAGUAUACUUAUUCAGCCAGGCCACCCUGUGUUUACUGAGAAUGUGAUGGCCAUACGACCAGUCCGGAGAGAUCUGUUAAUUCCUGGAGAGAAAGGCGAGCAGAUUAUGAGUUCUGGAACUGUUGUAUUAUAUGCGGUAAAUGAGCUGGAACCAACCAACCAGCCCAACUGGGAUCAGUACGAACCCAAUGGUCUUGUGGUAUUGGUUCUCGCAGGGUCUCACUCCACGCCCAAUGGUAUUGAGUCGAUUUGCCAUUGCAAUACAGAAUUGAAGCUGAACUAA